AAACCGGCCUCAUGCUUAUGUCGUCUCCACCUCUUUUAUUCAUCCCUUCCUUUCACUUCUCCUUCAAACCACAAUCCCAAUCCCAAACCAAUAGCAAACAAACCAAACACGACAUAAACGCAAAUGCUAACUCCGACCACCGGAGUACCGAAGCCCCGGCCGCGAUCUGGCCGGACGCCGCUUCAGCUCAAGAACACACCUGCCGAUCCCAUUCAUCCUUCCGCGAAGCCCAAGCCCAAGCCGUAUUUCGAGAUUUCAUUGAUCGACAAAGAGAACAAUCCGGUUUCCGCCGUCGCGGUUCUGGUGGCGCAGCCGCCGGAGACGUCGCUGGCGGAGGAGCUCAGCGCGGUCAAGAAGAAGCUGGAGAGAAUGAAAGCGGACAAAGAAAAAACGGAGAAAAUGCUGAACGAGAAACACGCAAUACUGGACGCGAAGAUGAAGGAGAUGGAAGAGCGAGGUGAGAUUCAGAAGAACCUCGAGAUCGAGGUUGACCGGUUGUUCCGGUUGAAGGAACUCAAGUAUCGCUGCAUGAGAGUUUCUCCGAUGAGAACGCUUAGGGAGAAGGAACAAGGAAAGAUCGUGAACGAAGCGCCAUCGCAAUCGGAGGUGAAAACGGAGGAAACAGUGGCGUCGGAAUCUGAAUCGGAAUCGGAAUCGGAAUCUGUUGGAGGCGAAUGGCAAGUUCUGCAGAGUCCAGGUUCAGCUUGUUCACAAACUCAUACUCCACAUACAAAAUCAGAUAGUUGAAACUGAGUAUCUUGAUGGAAUUUUCCAUACAUAAUUGCUCGUUAUGUUUGUUUUUUUCUUUAAAAAAGUAUGUAAAUUUCACAUUGCAAUUAAUUUGUACCUUUAUUUCAUUAUUAUUACUAUUUCUUGUUAAGAAAGAAAAUGGCUCAAAGUAUUAUAUUGCCGAUAAA